AUGGAGAGAGAAGAAGAAGAGAUCCAAUUGAGUGUGACGACCGGAUUAGAGCAAGAGGUAGAGAGAGAAAGGGAAAAAAGAGAGACGGAAAAUGCGAUUCUGGCGGACAUCACGGGGGUGCCAUGGGCCGCAUCGGGCUUAGCGUUCCACACCUACUACGGGCACAGAGCUGUCCACAUGGUAGACUCCUGUGCCGAAGCUCGUGGAAGCCCUAAUGGCGAGAAGUCAUUCCCAUCGGACGACGUUGCUCAUCAAGAUGAUGAUUAUGGCUCUUGUACCAGAACGAAGAAGAUGGCCGCAAUGGCUACCAAGGUCGACAAGGCGGUUCAAUCUAAACUUGAGGACUUUUUCGAGUUUCGUGACUAG